ACGACCCUCGUGAGGAUAAGCGGCAAAGAAAAUCGGUGGAUGGAUGGAUAAAAGCUGCAACAUUAUUUAAGAUGCAGUAAAUCCGCUUCCAAGACGUGGCUGUGGGCAGGUUGCAGAGCACGAGCACGUAGUCGGGCGGAGACUGUUGGAGUCACACUUAGCCAAAAUGGCGGCGGGCCGGGGCCGAUACUUGAACUAACUGGUCGUUCGCGAAGUCCUUCGCGUUUGUCAUGUUGGCGCGUCGCUAACACGACGCGCCGCCGCCUCGAUGGAACACCUCCCAGGGAGAACCUCCCUCUUGCCCUUUUCUAAGCCGGCUCCCAGCGCUCGAGUACCCCCAUCUCCGCCAGCAGCGCACCGAGUCUCGGCCCGCCGAAGCCGCUUACUCGCGUCCCCGCCGGGCGGGCCGGCGCUGCGCUGACGUUGUUGUGGAUAUUGCAGCUGUUAGCUGUUCACCCUUGCUAGCUAGGAGCAAACCUGUCGGUCAACUGGACAGCAAAACACGCACCAAUGGAGUGGUCGUCGCUGCAGACCGGAUGACAGGGUCGGCUGGAGAGGUUGCAGCACUUCCUGCACAAAAACCCUCAGUGACGGAGACCACUGUGGCCCCGCCUCCCUGGACCGCUCCCUCCUUUAAAUAUCCCAGCCGCCUCAUCUUCCUUCGCCAUAUUCGCCACGAGACACCUGUGUGCACUGCCGACCCUGAAACCUGCCUCAUGGUCUUUGAGAACCACUGGAAACAAGUGUCCCGUGUCCUCGACCAGAGUGAGCCUUCGUGGUCCACAGAUGACCUGAUUGCUGUGAGGAACCAUACGGACCAGAUGUUCUGUCUCCUGGCUGAGGAGCGCCCACCACCCCAAAGUGAAGAUGACAGGACCGCAGAGGACGGGGGGCCAAUUCUGCAGCUGGUUGUCCGCGAACAGGUCCUGGACCGCCUCUUGCUGUGGCACCUGCGCCGUGGGCCGGACUCUGACAGCCUUGGGGUGCUGCUCAAGCUGUUUGAGAUGCUUAUCGGCCAAUCUCAGCAGGCCUUGCUCCAGCGCACGGCUGUCCUACACCCGCUGCUCAGGCUCAUGGGCACCUGUGUCCACCCUGACCAUGGUUGCCCCCCUGCACUCGAAAACAGCCUGGUGCUGCUCCUCAAUCAGGUGUGCGUGCGCACAGCCCGCCAGCCACUUCUCCUGGAGAUGUUGUUCCAGGCGGCCCCAGUGCAGCAGGGCUCCACUAACCUGCUCAUUUUCUCCCUACUCGUCCCAUUCAUCCAUCGCGAGGGUGCCGUUGGACAGCAGGCUCGUGACGCCCUGCUGCUGGUCAUGGCUGCCUCCGCCACCAACCGCAGUGUCGCGAAAUACAUCGCCCACAACUCUUACUUCUGCCCGGUGUUGGCGACUGGUCUAAGUGCACUGUAUUCCUCCCUGCCCCGCAAAAUUGAGGUGCGCGGGGACGACUGGCACGCUCUGCAGCGCGAGGACUGGAUAGGUGUUUCAUCGCUAGUGGUCUUCAUGAACUCACUGGAGUUCUGUAAUGCCGUGGUGCAGGUGGCCCACCCCAUGGUGCGCUCACAGCUCCUCGACUAUCUGCACAAUGGCUUCUUGGUUCCUGUGGUGGCACCUGCCCUGCACAAGUCAUCGGUGGACGAGAUGAUUGCCAGCACGGCCUAUCUCGACCUGUUCUUGCGCAGUGUGAGCGAGACGGCGCUUCUCAAGACCUUUCUGCGCUUCAUCCUGCUACAUCGCCUCGACAGUGACUCCAUCCUGGACACGUUGCUUACACGUAUCAGCAGCAAUUCCAGGCUUUGUAUGGUGUCCCUUAGCCUCUUCCGGACUCUUGUGUCAUUCAAUUGUGAGGACAUCAUGUUACAGCUUGUCCUCAGGUACCUGCUCCCAUGCAGCCAUGUCAUGCUUAGUCAGCGGCGUGCCAUCCGGGACGCCGAUAUGUACGGGAAAUGCGCUGACAAGUUCCUGUCCCUCAUCCCCGAGUGCUGCCGUAUCACUACUAUGCCCCCUCCUGUCCGGGAUAUGGAUGCCACAUUCAGAGGCAAAGUGCCCCAAAAUGCCGAUGCAGAGUCCCUGGCACCACCUAGACCGACCACGCCAUCCCGCUUGACGUUUUUCAUCCGCCAGCAGAGCAGCAGUACCACCUCAGGGGGUGCCUCUACCCCCGCCAACUCAGAGUCGUUGCAGUCCUCUGUCCUUGACAGCCCUAUGCACCAACUACAGUCUGAAAUUCUGGCAUGGGAUUCUGGGUACUUGGACUACCUGAAGGAGGCUCGACGAGACAUUGAGCUUUGCUCCUGGGCGUGCCGGGACUGGUCGGCCCCCUAUGAUGGCGAGAACCCAUCUGCAAGCGCCAUGCCACUGCCCCCACCCCCUCCUGCAUACAUUCCCUCCAUGGGUGUGUACCCAGAGCACUUCUCCUUCCAGCCAGGAGGAGGCAGCAGUGGCCAGCAGAGAGCCACCAUGGCAGUAGUGGCGAGGUCCGAGUGGAGUAGUUCAGAUCACGACAGUGGCGAGUGGGAUGUCACCAUUGGGCAAAACAACUGCAUCAGCCUCACACCGCGGUCCAAGAAGCGGAGCCUUCAAUGCGAAGAACUCCUUCCAAAACCUGUUUCUUCACACCUUCGGCCAUCCUCGCUGGUGCCCCACAGUCCAACUUCUCCCUCCUACGUAAUGAUGCACAACGGUACGGCGGAGCCAAGCAAGGGGUGCCCGGGUCGGGGCAGAGAGCUAGAGGCCAAAAAAGUAAAGAGAGACUUGGAUCAUGAGGAGGAGUUUUUGGACGAGAAUGCCAAUCAAAAUGGAUGCCCGGCUAGUGGUGCCGGUGAUAUCCUGCUUUCGCCCAAUGCCAACGACUCGUCCACCCAGCACCACGGGCCUACAGUAGAGAGUCUCAUCCAGGAGCUUCUUGAACAAUCUCCUGUUGAGAUGCGGCCCCCUGACGACGGUGAGGGAAUCAGCAUCGAGGCCUUCACGCAGGAACUUAGAGAGCUGGAGGACCGUGUGACGCAACCCGCUGGCACCACGCAGAAGUCUCUGGGUGACCAGCAUCAAGAGAAGAAGGACCCAGAAGAUAAAAUGUCCACCGAUACUAAAGGGGACUGUUCUGGAAGGGCUGCCUGCAGUCCCACCAGACCUCUCGUUCAGGAUUUGUGUCAGCCGUACACUGGUCCACUAAUGGCAGUGCUGCUGGCCAAGCUGGAGAACAUGCUACAGAAUUCGUUGUACGUCAAUAUCCUGCUGACAGGCAUCGUAGCGCAGCUGGCAUGCUACCCUCAGCCUCUCCUACGCUCUUUCCUGCUCAACACUAACAUGGUCUUCCAACCCAGUAUCAAGUCUCUUAUCCAGGUCUUGGGUUCUGUCAAGAACCGCAUUGAGGCCUUCGCCGCCUCCCACGACGACUUCCCUGCUAUGCUGAGGAAAGCCCAACAAUACCUAGUGGCGCGCGGGAAGGUGGACUGGAGUGACCCACCCGGCGCCGUACCUCCCCUGCGGCGCUCAGAUUCUCUAGUUAAGAGUCGCAAGUCGUCCCUAAGCGAACUGAUCCUCCGCCAUACCAGCAGCCCCACUCGGACCCGCAGCGCCGCCCAAAUGGCCCUGGCCCAUGUGCGGGUGGGCGGCCAGACACUGCACAGCGCUCUGUUCCGUGGUGGCAGCACCGGAGGAGCCAGUGGCGGAACGUCCAAUCUGGAGAAGCAGGCGGAGGCACUGCGCGUGAAGAAUGCUGUCUACUGUGCUGUCAUCUUUUGCGAGUUCCUCAAGGAGCUCGCCGCCCUCGCACAGGAGCAUGCCGUUGCGCUGCCCUUCGCUCGCACUGAUAGCGAGGAGUAGACACCUGACGUUAAAUUACUAAGGUGUAGAUGCCAUGGAGAAGACACCAAGGACUAGACAGAUACUGAGCGGUUCACAUUCAGUGGCUGUCAAGGAGUACUCGUCCUUCAUGAGGUAGACAGCCAGAUAAGAAACCAGGCAGUAGACGAGGAGCAGUAGACUUCUAGAAAUAGAUACAAAUGGGUAGACUAUAAGGGGUAAACCUCAACAAUGCAGAACGGUAGACUCCAAUAAACAGAUGUCUAGAAUUUGAAGGGUAGAUGCCGAGGAGUAGACACCUAAGGGUAGACAUUAGUUUUUAGAGGCAGAUGGUGUGUAGUCUGCAUAAGAGUGGAUGACAAGGGAUAAAACAUGGAGAGGGGCAGACCAAACAAUGCAAUGCUCUUUUACCAAAAGGAUUCUGGCGUAUGGGCAUCUGUAAAUGAUAUUGUGCAUAUGAUGUAUCAUAUCGACUUUUCAGGCCAAUGGACUGCGUGAUGCCUGAAAAGUAAAAGCGCACUUUGUUGGUGCUGGUCCAAGUAUUUUCAUUUGAAAGAGUGAUCCGUUACCUCUCAUGUAUGCAAAACACUAAGCAGUUGAUUUCAAUGUUUUCUCCACCCUCAACGUAUUAUAUUUUGAAUUGCUGUGGCCAGGAAAUGGGAUGCUGUGUGCCAAGCGCCUCUUUUUAUGUUGUUUUUAACUGAUUUAUUGGGCUCAUCUCAUUUUUCUAAUUACCACUUCCUUACUCCUCUGUUUACAUGCCAGUGGCUCCCACCAGAAAUUCCAUCGAGGAGAUUAUGGAGCGAGAUGGGAGGAGGUAGGAACGUUUCGGGGAAAUAAGACUAUCGGCCCUCAAUGACAUUUCAUGGCAACGUGUACUUAAGAUAACAUCAUGCCAUUGAGGUGUUUCAGAUGAAUGUCUAUGUGGCUGAAUUACUAUCACUCCAAAUGUUCACUUCAUGCUUUCUUUCAAGUGGGAUUCAGGUAAAAUGUAUCAACACUGUUAUCUUUAACUUUGCAGAUGCAAAGAUGAACGUGAAUGCCAAGCCCAUCACGAACCCCGGCCGACAUGGCACAUACAGUAGUGUUCAAAAUAAUAGCACUUCAAUGUGACUCACCAUAUUAAUCCACAAUUUCAGUAUAUUUUUUAUUGCUACAUGUCAAACAAGUUACCAGUAUAUGCAGUAGAUUCUCAGAAAACCAACAAGACCCAGCAUUUAUGAUGUAUACACACUGUCACACGCUGUGCAAUUGGGCAAUUUGUUGGGAAAAAAAAAAAGUCUGCCAUUGAUUUUACAAACUCAAAACUAUUUUGUACAAACUUUUGUUCCUAGGAUUUCUAGGACCACAGUUUUGUUGUAAUUGCGUCACAUCUGUGUGGCAUGGAGUCAUCCAACUUGUGGCACCUUUCAGCUGUUAUUCUACUCCAAGAGUCCUUCACCACACUUCAUUUACAUUUCAUGGUUUUGCUUCAGAAACAGAAUUUUUGAUGUCACCCACAAAUUCUCGAUUGGAUUAACGUCAGGGAUUGGACUGACCAUUACAUAACAUUGACUUUGUUGUUUUGGAACCAAGACUUUGCAUGUUUACUAGUGUGUUUGGGAUCAUUGUCACACCCAUUUCAAGGGCAUUUCCUCUUCAGCAUAAGGCAACAUGUCCUCUUCAAGUAUUUCGCCAAAUGCAAACCGAUUCAUGAUCCCUUGUAUGCGAUAAAUGGGCCUAACACCAUAUUAGGAGAAACAUGCCCAUUAUCAUGAUGGUUGCACCAGCAUGCUUCACUGUCCUCACUCUGUACUGGAGCUUGAAUUCAGAGUUUGGGGGUCGUCUCACAAACUGUCCACAGCCCCUGGACCGAAAAAGAACAAUUUUACUCUCAUCAGUUACAAAAUGUUCCUCCAUUUCUCUACAGGCCAAUUGAUGCGUUCUUUGGCAUAUUGUAGCCUCUUCUGCACAUGCCUUUUUUGUUAACGGAGGAACUUUACGGGGGAUUCUUUUAAAUAGAUCAGCUUCAAACAGACGAUUUGUCACUCUCACAGUACUUACAGGUAAGUCUAGACUGUCUUUGAUCCUCGUGGAGCUGAUCAUUGGCUUAGCCUUUGCCAUCCUGGUUAUUCUGCGAAACAUUUUGAUAGUUUUCUUGUAUUUUUUGCCACGUGUCUCUGGUUUUGCUCUCCAUUUUAAGGCAUUUGAAAUAAUUUUAGCUGAACCUCCUAUAAUUUUUAGCACCUCUUUAUAAGGGUUCCCCUCUCCAAUCAAACAUUUAAUCAAAGUAUGCUGUGUGUUGAACAACCCAUUUUCCUCAGGCUUUCAAGAGAAAUGCAUCUUCAACGGGUGCUGGCUUCAUCCUUGAAUAGGGGCCACCUGAUCGACACCUGUUUUUCACAAAAUUGACGACCUCACUGCCACGCUAUUUUUUUUAACACACCCCUUUCAACAAAUUGCCCAAUUCCACAGCCUUAAGAGUGUGUAUAUCAUGAAUGCUGGGUCUUCUUGAUUUUCUGAGAAUCUACUGCACCUACUGGAAACUUGUUUGAUGUGUAGCAAUAAAAAAUAAACGGAAAACGUGGACUAAUCUGGUGAGACCCAUUGGACUGCUAUGAUUUUGAACAGUACUGUAUUUGCUAUGUGGGCUGGGGUUAGCGAUGGGCUUGGCAUAUUUGACUUGUAAAUAAGUACUGAUAUCUUCCUUUUAUAUAUAUAUAUAUAUAUAUUUAAACAUUGAAUUAAAAAAAACGAACAAUUUCAUUUUCUUAAUAUGCCGAAAUGCAUUUGACAAAAUGACAACCCAAUUACUACACAAACCUUAGAAAUAGGUAAUAUGUUCAUGUAAUUAAAUGAGUUUGGUGUCAAAUACUGCCCCAAAUAGGAGAAACAGUCAGUAAAAUAUAAAUAUUCAAAGUAAAAUGAAACAAAAUGUUUUUAAUUUGAAAUUCCACUACGUUUCACUAUCCAACUGCUCCACGAGCAUUUUUGUAGUCACCAUAGAGGAGCUACAAAUAUCAACAUCAGAAACAUCUGAGGUCCUGUAAUUUAGGCUAGCUCACGGAACCUGAUUAAUGCUAGAUCCUCACUUCUCAAUGCACGUUUAGCACAAUUGAUAUCCUCCUUAAUUUGGUAGCCAUCGUGACAAUAUCUUGUGGGUCACUUUCAAUUUUAUGAGGAGCUUGAAACUUUAACAUUAAGAGACUUGAGAUGAGCCCAACUGACACUGACAUCUUUACCUUUUCCAAAUCUGCCCCAGUAUGUAACAGUCUGUGACUAGUUGGGCCCAGUUUAAAUCAGAAAGCCAGUUGGAAGCAGCACUUAAUACUAAUUCGAGCAGGGGUCUCAAACUCAAGUUUUCUGGAGACCACCAGAGUCGGCUUGGCGCUCAGUCAUGAAACCUCUUACCCGAUGUGCCUAAAAAAGUUUCAAAAUGUUAUGGCUAUCAACACUUGUGUGCCGAUAGCCACAACAUCACAUGUUUAUGUGGCUAAAACUUUAUCCACACUUAGCCAGUCCUCAUCACUGGGAACUAAACCGAUGAGCUUGAAUGACGCGGGUCCAAUUAAAAGUACCUAAACGUUAAUAAGGAAUAGGGCUGAAAAACUUGGGAUUUUAUUUUUCCCUUAAGUACUACCAUUGGAAUUUACUAUGGGAUAUUUUUUGGUAAGAAGUUUUAUUUCCAGUGUUCACUAAAUAAAUGAUUCUAUAGUAUCACCAACAGAACAUUAGAUAUAGCCAAUAAAUGAACAACUUUCCUAUAGGCCAGUCCUAAAUGGUAAGAUGAUUUUUAUAUGAAUAUACAUAAAUUUUAAAAAGAAAAACAUUGCAUCACAGUGGAAUACUGAGUUAUUCCUUUAACUUAAUGACUUGUAAAAAUUUAAUACUGUAUGAUGAUGCACUUAUCAGUAGCACUGCUGUCAGUGUCAGCCGAUUAUAGAGGAAAAAGUGGUGACACGAGUGAUGGUUUUCAUCACUAAGGUUUUUAUUAAUCUGGCUCCCAUGGUAAACGAUAUUAAAUGUUAAUGUUCUUAUCAAUCAAUCAAAUCAAGUGUUUAUGAAUCACUUAUUUGACAAUCAAGAAGGAUCUCAAGGACUAUACAGAAUUUUCUCAAGUAGUUUUAGUUUUUUUAGUAAAGAUAUUCUAAAUCUUAAAUAGUAAAUAUUGGUAGGCUAACUUUAGCUGUCCAAAAAUGACAACAUUUUAAAAGAUCACAAACUAGGCUGAAUUACAUGAGGUAGGUGAACAUCUUCACUAGUGACGUAGAUAAGGUCAAAAAAUUCAAAUGACCUGAUUUCAGGUCUCUAGGCAGAAAAAAACCCCAUGAAACUCAGGAAUGCUUGAACAAUUUUAAUUCAUAUUUUAAUUGUUUGCUGAGGCAAAAAAAAAAAAAAAGCCAAUGUAGGGUCCCAAAUACGAGAAGACUCAUUACACCAGUCACUCACAUUUUAAAAAUGUACGGGUGUGGUCAGUCAUGCCUGCAGAUAUAAAGUUACGGGUGUGGUCCACUAGUCAUGUCUGUAGAUAUAAUGUUGCGGAUUUGAUUAAGGAUGGCAUCUCAAGACCUUAAAAUAACUUACUGAGUUGUUAUACCGGAGUAUGUAGUUGUUACCUAAUACCAUCAUCAUAAUUUAUUUCCACUGCACAGACUGAGACAGACAUUUUUAAAGAGGUCAAUAAACAUUCAAUCUCAAAACUAAAUAUUCAUAUAAUCAAAUAAUAUUAUUUCAUCAUGAUGUAUUAUCUCGCGUAAUUUACGGCGCUAUCUACUGGCAAUCCAAUGAUGAAAGCUAGCAGUUGAUUAUAUCUUCCGAAAGCAUGGAGAGGGGAAAAGUUUUCAACUUCAAGAUACCGCAGUACCACGGGCGAAAAUGACCGUUCACAUUUAGAUAUAUGUACAGACUAGUCUAAUUUUAGAACUUAGAUCAAGUCAAAGUAAAUCACAAUCUCAUACUUAUUAUAGUUAGAUACUGAAACAUGACCUGUGGUUUAUCCAGAAAUGUUUUCAAUGCAACUCAGGGGUGCCCAGAUUUUUUUUACGCCCAAGAUCUACUUUUCAAGCAGCCAGCCUCUUGCGAUCGACCGGCGGGGCGAUGAGUGGUGGGGUGGAGGUUCUGCACGUGCUAAUCGUCGCGACUACCGUAAACAGAAGGCCGACUUGUGAGAAUGCGCCUUUAUGUGCUUGCGCUUAACGUAUUGGUCUCACCUGAAUCAAGCGGCAAGGUGGAUGGUACUCGGACGUCUUUUUUUGGAGGGUGGGGCACGCUGUCACACGCUCAACCAAAACUGCCUCCUGAUUGACACAUUGAUCACCCCUGGUGUAACUGAAUUUCCUUUGACAUGGCUCAUGAUGUUGAUGACUUUCGACGUAAAUGCGCUCGCAGUACAUGAAGCAGCUCGGAACAGGUGCUUUUGGCAUCACUUCAUUACAUGCUCAGUAUGGUUGAUUACUGCUGCAAAUUCACUUAAAACCUGUGGAAACUAAUCUAGAAAAAAAUGGGCGCGAGUUGCACUAAGAUUUAUUCAUGCCACAAAAUAUUAUACCUUUGAGUUUGAGACUCCUGAGUUAGAGCCAGUCACAGACGAUUUUGAACUACUUGGGGCAGUAAGUAGUACUUAGAUGCAGUUAAGACCAGUUUUGACCGAUUAGAGCUCACAAGAAGCAGUUAGCAUCAGUUAAGACCUGGCUUGAGCAAGUAAGGACAUGCAAUAUGAGCAAAUGCAGUGAAGACCAGUUUGGACCAAUCUUAGCCAGUAAGAAGCUGUCAGCAGGAGUCAAGACCAGUUAGAGCCAGUUUUAGUGUAUUCUUUGAUGAGCAGUCAGCCACUAAAGGUUGGGCCGCUAUAGACCAGUGGCGUCACAACUUUAGGUUAUUUAGCAUCCCUUGGUUCCCUCAUGCUAGUAUUUGGUUCUCACUGCCAUCUAAGGUCCUUUCAACACAAAAUAGUCUUUUAUCUUUAGGGCAAUGUCAUGCGUUUUUUUUCACCAAGCAGUUGGCAUAAAAAGGAAAAUGAGUUUUUAAGACGAGUUUGUUUUUGCCAAUGGAAUUUGUCGUCUUAGAUUCAAAUUGUUUUUCCAAAUGGAGGCCAUUACAUCGUCACUUCUAAUGUGAGAAGACCCGGGGGGGAGAUUACUGUAGUUUGAACGUUACUGGGGAAAAAAAGGGUGCCAGGCUGAAAUGUAAAAGGAGAAAAAUAAUGCCAGGUCUCCUUAUUUGCCAAGUGAUUUGUUGCGGCUGUCCAGUGGCUCUUCCUGCUGGAGAUUCUUUAUUGUAUUUUUUUUUUCACUUGUUUUUUCUGGUGCCAUGUUUGACUUUUUACCCGAUCAAAUGUUUCUUCCCGUUUCCUCCCAUGUCAACUAUGCAAAAACCUGGAGUCGGUUGGCACACAUACAAACCGAACGUGUAAAUACUGUAAGAAAACAACAGCAACAAAACAAACAAUAUCGAGUGCAGAGGAUGAAUGUCCAACACAAAAGAAAUGUUUAAGAUAUUUUUCUAUAUGAUAAUGUGUGUGUGUGUGUGUGUGGUGUGUGUGUGUGUGUGUGUGAGAGAGAGUGAGUGAGUGAAGGGUGGAAAACGAGCGGUCACAAGAACACUAAAGGGAAUGUUUUUAUUAAUUUAUAAAGUCGUUGUCAGCAACAGCUCA